CUCUUCCCCAUAUAAUACCUCUUCAUUCGCCAUCGCGUGCGGGCUGAAAUGGAAUUAUUUCUGCGUUUAAUUGUGAUUGCCGUUAAGGCAAUCGCCCUGAUAGUCGGACCGCUGCUGGACAGAUUCUGGUACCCGCCGAAAGCACAAGAAACCCUGUUGCCGCCCAUAAGGAAUCGCCUGCUUACGCUGAGCGUCCAGGAGCUGCGCAAACGUCUGCGUACGCGACAGUUGACUUCCGUGGAACUCGUUAAGGCCUACAUAGAACGGAUAGAGGCGGUCAAUCCUCAUUUGAAUGCUUUGGUCGAGUCUCGUUUUCCCGAAGCUCUGCAGGAAGCAGCGUCGGCUGAUGACCUCAUAGCCCGUUCGAACGAUGUGGAGAAGCUGUUCAAAGAUCGCCCCCUCCUGGGACUUCCCCUAACAGUGAAAGAAUCUUGUGCCCUGGGCGGCAUGACCUUUGCCGUGGGAAGUUUGGCCAGAAGGAAUGUGAAAGCGCAGGACGAUGGCGUCGCCGUGAAGCGCAUUCGUUCUGCGGGAGCCAUUCCAUUGCUGGUCUCUGCCACGCCCGAGUACUGCUUCAGCAUUGAGACGGACACCUUGCUCAAUGGCCGCUGCCUCAAUCCGUACGACUUUGAGCGCACACCCGGUGGCAGUUCUGGAGGUGAGGGCUCCUUAAAUGCCGCUGGCGCCUCCCUCUUCGGCAUCGGCUCAGACAUUGGCGGCUCCAUUCGCAUCCCGAGUCUAUACUGCGGCAUCUUUGGCCACAAGCCGUCCGGCGGAGUGGUAUCCGUGGGCGGUCAUUUCCCCAACUCGAUCGCCGAGGAUUUUGAGCAAUAUCUGGUGGAGGGACCCAUCAGUCGCUUCGCCGUGGAUCUACCUGAUCUCCUCGAGGUGAUGGCUGGCAGCGAGAAGGCAGCCACACUGCGCUUGAGGGAACCCUUCCAGUUAAGCCAACUGAAGAUCCACUAUGCCAUGGGGUUCGAGGGCAUCAACGGAUGGAUGCAUCAGUCGGUGGAGGGGGAGAUCCAAAACGCAAUUCGCAAGGCUGUGGUGCACUUGAAAGCCCUCGGCCUGGAUGUGCAACGCGCCAAGCUUCCAAACCUCGGCAACUCCAUGGAGAUGGCCCUGGCCGGGAUUGCAGGCAUGCACCAGAUGGACUACCUGCUGGAGGCCGAGCCAACGGAGGGGUCGGGCAAAGUGCGCGAGACUCUGGGCGAACUGUUUCGCAGCAUCCGCGGUCAGUCGAGUUACACAACCAACGCCCUGAUCUUUGAGCUUAUGCGCCGCUGCCAGGCGUUUGUGGGAAGACCUCAAAUGGAACAAUACCAUGCGGAGUCCAGGGCGCUCAUUGGAGAGUUCAGUACAUUUCUAGGGGAGAACGGGGUUCUCCUAUUCCCCACCAUGAGCUCGCCGGCCGCCAGGCACAAGUGGACGGUUUUGCCGUUGUGGGGCAUCGACUACACCCUGAUCUUCAACGUUCUCGGCCUGCCGGUCACGCAUGUGCCAGUCGGAGUUAAUAAACAGGGCCUGCCUAUAGGAUUCUCCGUAAUUGCGGCGCCCCAUCAGGAUCGCUUGUGUCUGCACCUGGCCGUGGAAUUGGAGAGGGCCUUUGGCGGUUGGCAGCCACCCACUCCACACGAGUUUGAUGAUUAAAUGAACGUUGAGAAAGACCUCUUUGAAUAUCCAUCGAAACACAGUUUCUGUCCCAAUGGUGGAUGAAAUUAAACCAAUAGCAAUAUAUGCUGGAAUAUGGCAUCUUCUCGUAUUCCUGGGAUCUCGCGUUAUCAGGAUAUUUAGAGAGCCACAUGGCUGUAAUAUGAAACAGGCAGGUAAAAAAAACGCAAAAGUAAAAUACAUAAUUCCAGUUACAACCAGUUAAAACUAUUAAAUAAACUGAACAAUAAAACAUAGAGUACAGGGA